AUGAGAAUAUGCGAUCAGUCAUAUCAACACAGCUACAUGGAACCACUGAAGACAAAUAAAUUCAGUGUAAUUUAUCACACACCAAACAUACUGCACAGUAAACUUUACCAGACCCCAGAAGGACUGUCUGGAUUCCAAAUGGAGCCAGUUGAUCUUACUACAAACAAAAGGAAUUCACCUCCCUCCAGUGGCAGCUCUCCAUCUCCGCUGAAAUACCAUUCUCCAAAGGGAAGGGCUUCUCCAUUAAUCUACAUGCCUUCACCAAGUCCGCCCAUAAAAACGUUAGCACCAUCUCCACCCUCACCUUUUACUAUGCCAUUGACAAUCAACCCCAUGUUAUCAGCAUUUUCAAGGCAUGGACUUAGAAAUCCUGGCCUUUUACCUCUCUUGCAGCCAGUUGUCGUACAGCCUGUUCCAUUCAUGUACACUUCGCACCUACAGCAACAAAUAAUGGUGCCUACUGUUCUAGCUGAAGAUUUAGAAAAUCCAAACAGUAAUCACAUGUCUCUAACCGAUUCUUAUGAAAAGUGUGCUCUUAUGAAACCCAUCAAGAUUGAACCAGGGCUUGAUCAACAAAGGAAUGAAAUGUACUCAGAACAAUUGUCACCAGGAAUAAGUACACCUCCCAAGGGAAUGUUUCAUGAAUGCAGUGAAACUUUGGGACUAUUAUAUCAAUGUGUGACUAUGCACCCUGGUACUGAUUUUCCAUUAAAUCAUCCAUCAGUCAUAGUGCAGCCAGGCAAGAGACCAUUACCAGUUGAAUCUCCUGAAACGCAAAGGAAAAGAAGAAUACACCGAUGUGACUAUGAUGGUUGCAACAAAGUUUACACCAAAAGUUCACAUUUAAAGGCACAUCGAAGAACACAUACAGGGGAAAAGCCUUAUCAGUGUACAUGGGAAGGAUGCACAUGGAAGUUUGCCCGCUCUGAUGAACUUACUCGGCAUUUCCGUAAACACACUGGAAUUAAACCAUUUCAGUGCCCAGACUGUGACCGCAGUUUCUCUCGCUCGGACCAUCUUGCUCUGCACAGAAAGCGACAUAUGCUUGUAUGAACGUUCUCCUCUCUUUUUAUACUCAUUUUGGGUUCAGCUGGUCUGAAUCUCAAGUAUAAAAUUCCAUUUGGUCAGUAGAUGAUGUUCUGUUAACCUGAUUGUACUUACCACGGGUCUGACCUAAGAAUGUGAACAUUUUCUUACAAAGAAAAAGCAGUAUCUUCCUGCUCAUAGCACACCUCAGGAAAUAUUAAAAUGGACUACGUACUGCUUCUGGUGUACUUGCAAGCCAUAUAUCUAUAAUAAAUAACUUAUAAAUGUAUUUAAUUAUCAGCACAUUUAGUUUGCUUUUUCUUGCCACAACAUUCCCCACACGUGCUAGUGUGUUACAAGUUUUUAUCAUUUUGUUUUGUUCACAAUUAAAAAACAACAACAUUUCUUUUAAUGGUGUAAGAAUUCUUGUGUAUAAUUUAUAUAGUGAUGAGAAAAAGAGCACUUUGUAAUACAGAAGAUGUUGGCGUCUUCAGUAGGGUGACCAUAUUGCUGCUUUAAAAAGGGACACAUAUGAAAAAUAAAUAUGUCAGGGCUGUUUAAAGAAAUGUUUUGUAUAAGAACCCUUUCAUAUGUGUCCCUUUGUAAAGCGGCAAUAUGGUCAUCCUAGUCUUCAGAGAAUAAUAUCCGUCCCUUGGCUACUUUCUUUCUAACAGUGCCAUAAUUUACAGGGUACCCUUGUGAUAAUACUGAGUUUACUUUAAAAGUAGUCAGUGGACGUGGUAUUUAACUACUGGGGCAAAAGUGGGGUUAUUUUUGUUCCCCAAUGUGCCAUAACUCGAGAAUUCAUUUGUAUAUGAAAAUGUAAUGUUCUUUUUUUUGUGAGCAUUCUAUGUAUUCACUGUCUGUAUCAUGAUAAUAUAAGUAUAUGUCUUGCCAUAUUUUUGGAAUAAUGUAGUUUGAUAUUUUUACAGUACAUUUCCAAAUCACUUGAUUUAAAUAUGGACACAUUUUUAGAGUUUCCCACCUAUAAAGUAGGUAAAUGUUAUACAAACCUGCUUAUGUUUUUCAGUUUGACUGUUCUUGAGGCUCUGUGUAUGAAGCCAUCUGUGGUACAAUAUCAAAGUUAAUUGUAACAAUGCCAAUAUUUAAAGCAAAAUCAAUGCAUACAGAAAGAAACUGAAACCAUAUUAACCAAUAAAUUAUAUGAGACCACUGCUCCUUUUAUAACAAAUUUAUGUAGAACAGAUAAUAUUGUACAUUAUUGUUUUACUGAAAAGAUACAAGUUUCUGCACACAAUGGUCCCUUCCUCAUGUAUUUGUUCAGAAAUAAAGCAACAUAUAGGUAAGACUCAACUGAACAUGAAAUAAAAUCCUGUACAACCAGUGAGUGCCUGGAAGUGGUAGAUGAGGUCAUGGGCAGUCCUCAGAUUAUACCCCAUGGUUCUGCACCGCUUGUCGAUAGCCCCUGCUAACUACAGUCACAUUUAUGCUUAGAUCAGGCUGUGUCGCCCUGCUGGCCUUUACCAUUUCACUAGUUGCUUACUGUUACUUCACCGGGUUGGUGUGCUGCAUCUCAGACAACACUUCCAGUGUUCUAGUGCAAGGAAAGUUAAGAGGACACCUCUAGGGCUGCCUGCCAUACACCAUGACAGCCAAGCAGAAAAUGUGGCAAACAGAAUACACAGCCAGCACUUUAUAGUAUGAAAAUGAAAGAUCAUAGUCUUCCAAGAAAAAGAUUUUUCAGUGAGGUGACGUUUCCACCUCUUAGCCAAUAGCCAUGCAGGCCAGCUAGCAUUAUGCCGGAUAGCUAGCACGUUAUUGGCUAAGAUCACCUAACUGCAAAAUAGCUUUGUUGUGGGCUGGCUGAGGCGCUCAGCGUGGCGAAUGCUGCAGACAAAUAAAGGAACGUUCAGUUAUGAAGUAUAAAAUACUUCAUGCUGAAAGUCCCCUUUAUUUGUUGCACUGGUAAAGCCUAGUGUUUUAAAAACAUUAGGAUUUACUAUCACUUUAAGAGUACUCUUGAACAGUACCAUUAUUAGUCAGACAAUGUUAGUAUCAGUGUGCACAGAUAAUGGGGCAGCACCAAAAGCAAAGAUUUGACCUCCAUGUGACUUUUCCUGGCUCCACUUGUUGUUUUUUAAUCUUGUGAGUUUUUUACAUACAUAAUCAGAAAGCUGACAGAAUAGCUUUUGAAUUAUGUGAAAAUAAAAUGGGCAGUACCAUGUUUAUUUGCUCCCCAUAUUAUUUGCAUAUAAUACAUGGGCCUUACUAUUUAUGCUUUAUUUGUAAGCAUUUGCCUGAUAAAUGGACCUCAGUGUGCAUAAAGCUUGUUUUUUUGGGUUAAAUAGGGUAUAACCUUUAAAUAUGUUUUGCUCUUACAUUUAUUACAUCAGAUUCUGUGCUCUUGUACAAAGUACUCAUGUGUACUAUAAGCAACCAUCCUCAUACAUACCAUAAUGCUGCUCUGAACCUAAGAUUCACAAAACAUACUAAUUAAAUAAAACUGGUCUAUCCAUUUGAAGUAUCCAGAUCUCAUUUGAUCCUUAUUUCAUAUUCAAUGUUUACAUGUCAGUCUCUUACAGUACUAGUCUAUUAUACUUCUACUUGGGCACACAAUUUGAUGUAUUUGCAUUACUGCUAUUGGAAGCUUUCAGGCUGAAAUAUGUGUAGACAAGAUGGGCCGUAGGAUUCUUAUCUUCUGUCACAAACAAUGUUACUAUCACCUGUCUAACCUUACCUCACCUUACUCCUAGGGCCAUUACCACCCACAGCAUAAUUUGCCCUGUCAUUCCUUGUUAUCUGAAAUAUGCUCCAUAUUCUACUUUAAAUAAAACAUAUUUGUUUAUUAAAACAAGUUAGUUAUCCUAUGCUCCUGUUCAUAUAUAUACAUAUAUAUAUAUAUAUAUAUAUAUAUAUAUAAUUAUAUAUAUAUAUAUAUAAUUAUAUAUUGAAAGAUAUAUAUAUAAUUUCUCUGUUUUUGAUCAUUGAAAAUCGGAAAUUGAGUUUAAGUUGUCACAUUCUUGUUUGUAUCUCUAACAUAGCUAAUCAUUUGACUCUCUAUGUUCUCAUUAUAAUCUUUGAAACUCCAUAACAAACAUGUCUCUAAAUUUACUGAGCUCUAAGUAAUACAAAUCUUUGAAUUCCUUCUUACAAUUUGACUCAAAUUACAUAUUUAUAUACUUAUGUCCUUUCCCACCAUCAAACAAUAUAACAUGGAGUAAAGAAAAUAGGAAACAUUUAAUACGAGUAAACGUAUCAACAAAGUGCAGGAAUUCUACACACCUAAAGGAGAAAAACAUACUUGAACAAGGGGUCUCAAAUGUAAGGUGGAUAUAUGGAUUAAUAUAAAAAAGGAAUAGAGGAUUAUACAGCAAUGACAUGUUAACAUAUAAAAUACAUCAAAUUAUUUUCCAUGUUUAUUUGCAUAACUGAUCACAGCUUGUCGACAUUACAACAGUAUAAUAUUUUCUUAAAUCUUGGUAUUGAGUUUAAACUAUUGAUGGUAUUUGAUGCACGUAACUCAAGGUUUGGGCGUGUGUGAAAAAAUGUGUAUAUAUAUAUAUAUAUAUAUAUACACACACACACACACAUUUUAAGGCACUUCCCAUAAUUAAUCCUUUUGUCUGAAAUUUUGCAGGGUAAACAUGUUUUUUUGUUUUGUUUAAAUUAAGUACGUUAUAUUACACAAAUCAUUGGCAAACUGGUACACAAUGAUAACAUAUCAGCAUGUGUUUAUACUUAUUUGAAUAUAAUACAAAAUAUGUAUUUUUAUCUCUUUGUAACAUUUUUCUCAACUGGUGAUCAGAGACAUUUUGAUAUUAAAAAGUAUUUUUAACACAA